AGUUGGCUGAAAGGAUCAAUAGCACUGGUUGCUUUACUUGGUCUAACGUGGACUUUUGGACUGCUAUGGAUCAAUGAAGAGUCUAUUUUUAUGGCUUAUGCAUUUACGAUCUUGAAUUCCCUUCAGGGAUUAUUCAUAUUCCUGUUUCAUGUGGUUUUCAAUGACCGGAUGCACAAGGAUUUCCGGAAGUGGACAAGGCAUUCAUCCUGGGUGCCGGAUUGUAUGCGAGAUGAUUCGUGUCGAGCCUCACGUACGAUGCCUUAUUUACCAACCAAUAGUACCACAAAAACGGGUCAAGCGAUGAGUUCCAGUUCAUCGACUGGCUCGGAUUUACUGGUCGGUCUCAGCUUUUGA